CACAUUGUUCUCUCCUUUUUUGGUGCCAGGCAUCACAUGGUUCCCCUGAACUGAGCCAUCAUAUAAACAGCAGCUGCAGCAGAAGCCACCGAACCUUCAGCCCGGACUCUUCAGGCCUGUCAGGUAUCACCCGGACCAGAGGACUGCCCACCAUGAAGCUGCUCACCCACACCCUGUGUCUCUGCCUGGCCCUGGUUCUGGCUCUGCCUUAUUCGUAUGAACAGAACGACAAUAAUGAGCUUCAUCACGAUCACCAUGUACUCGACCGUUGUCAGGGACUUGAGAUGGACGCUGUUGCACUGAAUGAGCAUGGAAUCCCACUCUUCUUCAAGGGCGACCAUCUGUUCAAGGGUUUCCACGGCGAAGCUGAGAUGUUUAACGAGUCCUUCGCCGAGCUGGAUGACCACCACCUGGACCACGUCGACGCUGCUUUCCACAUGCACUUCGAGGAUCACCCCAACCACGACCACAUGUACUUCUUCUUGGACCACAAGGUGUUCAGCUAUCACCAUCACAAGCUGGAGGAAGGUUACCCCAAGGAAAUCUCAGAGGUCUUCCCUGGAAUACCUGACCACCUGGACGCUGCCGUGGAGUGUCCCAAACCAGAGUGUGAAGAGGACUGCGUCAUCUUCUUUAAGGCUAACGACAUCUACCACUACAAUGUCAAAACCAAGGCUGUGGAGAAGAAAGAGUUCGAGUCCAUGCCCAACUGCACGUCCGCUCUCCGCUUCCUGGAACACUACUACUGCUUCCACGGACACAUGUUCUCCAAGUUCGACCCGAAGACCGGCGACGUGCACGGAAAAUACCCCAAAGAGGCUCGCGACAUUUUCAUGAAAUGCGAAAAAUUCAGUGAGCACAGCGACCACGUGGAGAGAGAACGCUGCAGCCACGUUCACCUCGACGCCAUCACAUCCGAUCACGGUGGAAACAUGUACGCCUUCAGAGGCCACCAUUUCAUCCGUCGAGACGAGGGCAACGACACGCUGACGGCCAACACCCUCGAUCACGCCUUCAAGGAGAUACACAGCCAUGUGGACGCCGUGUUCUCCUUCAACGAUCAUCUGCACAUGAUCAAGGGAGACAAGUUGUACAUUUUCCAAGACGAUGAGCCCCACGCUCUCAUGGACGGUUACCCCAAGUCUGUGAAGGAGGAGCUGGGCGUGGAGGGUCCCAUCGAUGCUGCGUUUGUCUGCGAGGAUCAUCACAUCGCUCACAUCGUUAAAGGUAACCACAUUUUUGAUGUGGAAUUGAAGGCCAGUCCUCGUGUUGCAGAAAACGAACAGACGAUUUCCCUCUUCGAGAAGAUCGACGCUGCCAAGUGCGACAGCUCCGGGGUCAAAGUGUUCGUAGGGAGUCACUUCUACCACUUUAACAGCACCAUGGAGUUUGUUGCUGCGAGGGCCCUGCCGGAGCAGCACAGAAUUUCCGUGGAGCUGUUCGGCUGCGACCACUGAGGCGCUAUCUCGACAGAACUGAAUGGACCGUGUGGAACAUCACGUACAAGACAGUGAACCGCGGAGGAAGGAAAGCACCGGCGACGUCGGACAAUGAUGUAAUGUUUCAUAGGGUCUCUCUCCUGGGUCGUACCUUAAACUAACUUUGUUUCUUUCUGGAAGAAUUAUCAAAAGGUCAGCGGUCCACUUUGUAACACGGGCCACUGAGAAGUGAAACUGCAGGUACAUUGGUUUUGUACAGUGUGGUGAAUAAAAAAGAAACGCAACAAA